CUCUUCUAAUAUUCUCGUUCGCCUUUUUGGGAAACUUACCGGUACUCAUCAAACCGUCGACGCUUCAUCUCUCACCACCACUUCUUUAUCUCUCUCUCUUUGACUUUGGCUCUCGCUACCUUACUGUGCUCAUGAACGGGUAACCUUAUCCGCCGUGCGGCUCUCUACGAUCUCAAACGGUUCGGUUGAUAACAUUAAGGCUUGUUCGUUGAUUGCUCCUUGUUUGUAGAACUUUCACCAUCUCUGAUCUCGAUUUUUUUUUAAAAAAUUCAUCGAACGGUUGAUGGACACCAUCGCUGGAUUCUCCGAUUCGUAUGAAAUCAGCAACCAAAGCAGCACUAUCUUAUCCGCCGCGCCGGAACCAACGGAUAACACCGAAUCAUCCGUUGUUCGUCCACCAGAGCUUUCUCCGGUGGAUGUAUCGGCGCUUCAACUGCUCUCCAACAACCUCGAGUCCUUGUUCGACUCGCCGGAAUCGUUCUACGGCGACGCCAAGCUGAUUCUCGCCGAUGAACGAGAAGUAUCCUUCCACCGUUUCAUCGUCGCAGCGAGAAGCCCCUUGUUCAAAAACGCGUUAGCAGCCGCCGCCGAGAAGGAUCCGCAGAAAUCCACCGCCGGUACGAAGCUCGAGCUGAAGAACAUGGCGACGGAUUACGAAGUCGGAUUCGAUUCGGUGGCGGCUGUUAUGGCGUACAUGUACAGCGGCAGAGUGAGGCCGCCGCCGAAGGGAGUUUCUGAUUGCGCAGACGAGGAUUGCCGCCACGUGUCAUGCCGUCCGGCGGUGGAUUUCAAGGUGGAGGUUCUCUACUUGGCUUUCCUCUUCCAGAUUCCCGAGUUGGUUACAAUGUAUCAGAGGCAUUUACUGGAUGUUGUAGACAAAGUUAUCAUAGAGGAUGCUUUGGUUAUACUCAAGCUUGCCAACAUCUGUGGCCAAGCAUGCAAGAAGCUGUUUGAUAAAUGCACAGAGAUCAUCGUAAAGUCUAAUGUUGAUAUAGUCACUCUUAACAAGUCAUUGCCGCAGCAGAUUGCGAAACAAGUAAUUGAUAUCCGUAAAGAGCUUGGCUUGGAGGUACCUGAACCGGACAAGCACGUCUCGAAUAUUCACAAGGCGCUUGAGUGCGAGGAUCUUGCGCUUGUCGACUUGCUUUUGAAAGAAGGCUACACGAAUCUAGACGAAGCUUAUGCUCUCCAUUUUGCUGUUGCGUACUGCGCUGUCGAGACUGCUACUGAACUCCUGAAACGUGAGCUUGCGGAUGUUAACCGUAGGAAUCCGAGGGGAUACACGGUGCUUCACGUUGCUGCGAUGCGGAAGGAGCCGAGUUUGAUAGCGUUUCUGUUGACGAAAGGUGCAAAUGCGUCGGAUAUGGCUUUGGAUGGUAGAACUGCUCUCUUGAUUGCAAAGCAAGUCACUAAGGCGGGUGAGUAUAAUUGUAUAACGGAGGAAGGCAAGGAUUCUCCCAAAGGCCGACUAUGCGUAGAGAUACUAGAGCAACCAGAGAAUCUAGGUCCGUUUCCUGAAGACGCUUCUUCUGCCUGUCUUGCCCUGUCUCCUGAUGCUGAACUGAAGAUAAGGUUGAUUGAUUUUGAAAACAGAGUCCAAAUGGCUCGAUGUCUCUUUCCAACGGAAGCACAACUUGCAAUGGAACUCGCCCCGAUGAAGGGAACAAGCGAGUUUACCGUGGAUAGCCAAGAGCUUGACGGCACUGGUGCAAAGAGGUCAGCACCAGACCAAUACAUGGUACCUUUCGUAUUCGAAGAAAAGCAUCGGAAUAGACUAGAAGCGCUUUCAAAAACUGUGGAAUUCGGGAGACGCUUCUUCCCACGCUGUUCGACAUUGCUCGAUAAGAUUGCCGACUGUGAGACCUUGAGUAUACUUGCUUUCGUAGAGAAAGACACUCCUGAGAACCGAGUAGAGAAGAGGCAAAAGUACAUGGAAAUUCAGGAGAGUCUGCUAAUGGCCUUUAGUAAAGACAGUGAAGAAUUUGGAAAGUCGUCUCGGUCAGGUUCCUCUUCUUCCACAUCGAAAUCAACAAAGAGGUCUAAUGGUAAACCCUCUCACCGACGUCGUCCGUGAGACUGUUUGUUGGGAGUUACCAAGAAUCAAAGUGCGAAAAGAUGAAGAAUGGUUCAUCUACUGGUUAUCCUCUAUCAAGAACGAAAAACAUAUGCAGUUUCCCUUGCUAUCACUGCAGCUGAAGGUCUACAAGAAUCCAAAAUCUUGGAAGAAAUGUUCAAAGCUCCAUGUAUACAAAAUUUGGUGAAGGAUCAAGUAAAGUGGUUCUUUGGCAUCAUCCUCUGGUGCCUGCAGCCAUCACCAUCUCAAGAAGGUUCACGAGUUUCUCCCAGAACCUCUACUUCAAUUCUUACCAAUCCUUGGAAGGUCUUUGCUCUCUCAAUAAAGUGUUGCUUCUCUAACCAUUUAACCCUCUUGAAAUACAAUGAUUGGUUUUGGAAAAUUCAAAACCUCGGUUACAUUUGCAAUAGCAAUUUGGUCAGAAGACAAGAGUUAGUGAUUCAGCAACCUUGGUCUCUCUUCCCUUUUCGGAACAAUACAGCCAGAAAUAGCUUUGUCUCUUCCAUAUUUUGCAGGUUGGCAUCCAUGACAAGGUUCUUAGCCCUUUUGGCUACUGGCUAUGGAAUGUUCCUCUACCGAAACAGAUAUUAGACUAAACGGCAUAGUGUUUAACUGCGCUUUGUGAAACUGGCACGCAUUCUAGAGCUUCUAGCUGAGGAAAAG